UAUAAAGGUAAGGAAGAGUGAGGAGCAUUGAUUAAAGCCCAAACCACAAACACAUCACAGCGCACGUUAGCAAACAAAUCCCUGCAACUUCGCAUACAUACGUCGUCGCCUGCAAAUCGUAGAAGAGCAAGGUCCAAAUUUGCACACCGAAUCAAAGCUAGCAUCAAUGGCUCCAAAGCCAAAAGAGAAGCCGAAACCCUCGCAAUUGCAAGCUUCAAAGCCUGCAAUCGCCGUUGAAGAUCUAUUCACCACUCUCAAUCGGCACAUCCAACGGUCGGAGUACGAGCAAGCUGUCAAAGUCGCAGAUCAAGUUCUAUCAAUUGUCUCUAACGAUGAGGACGCGAUUCGUUGCAAAAUCAUGGCUUUAAUCAAGGCUGAUAGCAUCGAUGAAGCUCUUUCGACUAUUGAGUCUUCUCGAAGGCUUCCGAUUGAUUUCAAUUUCUUCAAGGCAUACUGCUUCUACAGACAAAAUAAGUUAAAUGAAGCUUUAGCAUCAUUGGAAGGCCAAGAGGGAAGUUCUGCAACUAUGCUGUUACAAUCUCAGAUUCUAUUUCAUUUGGGAAAAUUGGAUACAUCUUUGGAUAUUUAUCAAAAGCUUCAGAAAACCAAGAUAGAGUCAUUGGAGAUAAAUCUUAUUGCUGGUUUGCUUUCUGCUGGGAGGGCUUCCGAAGUGCAAGGAGUGAUGGAGGCUCUCAGAGUAAAAGCAACUAGCAGCUUUAAGUUGGCGUACAACACUGCUUGUUCAUUAAUUGAAAGGAAGAAGUAUUCAGAUGCAGAGCAACUCCUACUGUCAGCUCGAAGGUGA